AUGCUAAAGAUUUGGUCUAUGAAGAAGGAGCAGCAGAAGGCUGAAAAUGCCGACGCUGCGGGUGGCAAGAAGAAGAAGGUGACUGCCGCGCAACUUCGUGUACAGAAAGAUCUCUCGGAACUAUCUCUCGGAUCAACGAUGAAGACCGACUUCCCUGACGCUGACGACAUUCUCCACUUCACGCUUACGAUCGAGCCCGAUGAGGGCAUGUACCGGACCGGACGAUUCACCUUCACAUUCGACAUUAACCAAAACUUCCCCCACGAGCCACCGAAAGUCCGUUGCAAGGAGAAGAUUUACCACCCUAAUAUCGAUCUGGAGGGCAAGGUGUGCUUGAAUAUUCUGCGCGAAGACUGGAAGCCCGUCCUCAAUUUGAACGCAGUCAUUGUCGGACUCCAGUUCCUGUUCCUCGAACCGAAUGCCUCUGACCCUCUGAAUAAGGAGGCUGCCGAUGAUCUCAGACUCAACCGUGAGGGAUUCAAGCGCAAUGUCCGGACCGCGAUGGGCGGCGGUACUGUCCAAGGACAGAGCUACGACCGUGUGUUGAAAUAA